AUGAACGCAUUCUGUUACUCCGGCAAGACGUGGCGAGAGAAUGACAUAUCCAGGCGUGACGAGGCAAAUCCACCGUCACUGCUUUCAAAUGUCCAGUAUGUCCAGGGAUUCGGCGGGUCGCUUCUCGACGGAGCAGAAGGGUAUUGGUGGACGCAGUUUACAGCUGCAAUAGAAUUUGUGAAAACUCUUCUGUAA